UUUUGAAGGCUUAUAAAAACGGUUGCAUGUUCACAUCAGAUAGCAUUGUUGUAAGGAAGAAUUCUGAAUAGACGAAAUGUUACGUGUGGGUAUUGCGUUAUUCCUGUUUCUUGGUUUGGCUACUGCUGCGUUUCACGAUGACAUGAAAGCGCUGGAGAAAGAAUUGGAAUCGCUUCAUUUAAAAAGAGCGUCGAAAAAAUCCAUAAAUGAUAUGACAACAGAAGAGCUAAUCAAUGAACUGAAGAGAGAAGUGAACAAAAUUGGCACAAGUCAUCAUGCAACUUUCAGAUCAAAAUUUGAUGAUAUUCUCACCAAGAAAUCUGAUGAAGAGAUAAUGUGGGAAAACACACUUUCAUCCAUGCAAGCUGAGGAAAACUAUAAGCGAGAAGAUGAUGUAUGUCUUGAUCUCAGAAAUGAUUGCAAUGAGCUGAAACCAUACUGCGAGUCUCAUAAAGCAAAGCUGGCGGACUCAUGUAAGCGAACGUGCGGUUGGUGUCCGAAGACAUGCAAAGACAAAUAUGAGUCUUGCAAAACUUUUGCAUCAAGUGGUCAGUGUCAGAAACAAACAGAACGUAUGUCCGAAAUUUGCCCGAAAGCUUGCGGUUUUUGUAGAGUACCGGCACCGUCUAAGUGUUCACAGUCACAGUAUGGUUGUUGUUGGAACAAAGAAACCAGUAAACAGGACAAGGAAGGUUCGAACUGUCCAGCAUGCAAAGAUCAAUACAAAUAUGUGUGCAACACGUUUGAUGUCGACUGCGGAUCCUUCCUUUCUGCGGGUGACUUUAUGAGGAGAUAUUGUCCAAACACGUGCAAUAUUUGCAGCAACACAGCAUGCACAGAUGCACCUACAAAAGCUUUCUACUGCCCCUUGUGGAAGAAGCAGCUGGAUUGGUGUACCACAAAGAAAGACGUCAUGACACAAUACUGUCCCAAAACAUGUGGUUAUUGCUGAGUGUAAACACACAAAAAAAUUGUUUGUUUGUUUGUUAUAUUGUAAGAACGUGUUUGUAUUUUUGAAAGUUUAGAAGAUACUUAAUAUUUCGAGUCGAUGCUCUGUUA